AGGUAGGAAACUACUGGGGGGGGGGGUCCCACUGGAGGGGCCAGGACUCUUCCCCUCAAUUCUUCUCCUCCAGACCCAUGCAGCCCCAGGGCCAUCGCUGCUGCCAGGUGAGUGCCCGGGGCGGGGCCUGUGCAGAGGCUGUCUUCACAAAUGCCUUUGCUCCCUUCCCACGCCAGGAAGACAAGCAGGGCUGCUGGUUUUCCCCUUCGGUCAUUGCCAUUUUCUCUGCAACUGGAGUGGUGGGCUGGAGAAACUAUUAGAAACUCAGUGAACCUGCGCUGCUUUCAGAGCUGCAGGAGCCCCAGGGUGGGGUGCAGUGUGGGAUGGGAGGGGCCAGGGCUCUGCCAAGUGGGCAGGGCGUUCCUGGCCCGGCACACUGGUUCCUGAGAGGCCAGUGGCAACUCCACUCCAGGGCUGGGAGGAGAGCUCCAGGGGUACCCCUCUCCCCCCACCACCUCACACCAUGCAGGGGCCAUCAGGAGGUGGCCAGUGGUAGGCAGUGCAGGCCAGUGAUCUGGAAGUGGGGCUUGCAGAUAAAAGAGGGACUGACUAGCUGGGAAGGGGCAUAUGAAACCACCCUAGUAUUCAAUGCCUUGGGACACAAGAUGGAUUUUCCGGAACAGACUUUGGGAGCCAUGCCUUUGUACACAUAGGCACCUCUAGGCAGCAGAUCUGGCCAUGUGGCUGCCAAAGGGAGGGUGUGGCUUUGUUGGAAGUUCAUCAGAGAAAUUAGUCUGGAAGUGGCUCCCCCGCAAGAGCUCCUGUUGCCAGGGCUUCUUGGCUGGGCAGGGAUGGAAUAAAAGGCCCAGGCUGUGGUCUCUGAAUGAACUGGGUUUGUGGGGCUCCCCACCCCUGGGGGUCUAUUGGCUCACUCCUUCCUGUUUCUGAGCUCUCCUCUGUGGAGCUGCAUGGGUUGGGUUUGAAGUCAGUCUUUCUGGGUGGUUGCUGGCUUUAGGACUCCCUCCUGGGGGAAUUUCCUACCAUCCAACAUGUUCAGGUCUCUCCUGGGGACUUAGCAGACAGUGGGAGAAACAGCUUUUUCCCUCCUGCAUCUCUGCUCUUGGAUGCCUCCCCAAUAAGUAACUGCAGCUCGAGCUUUGUUAGAAUGCAGGAGUCCCACUUGCAGAAGGGGAAACCAAGUGUCACUCCCAUCUGUCAAUUUGUUCCUCUUUGUGGCAUUGAAUAUUUUCUGUGGGCCAGUCUCACUGGCUGGUUGGCUGGGUGGGCUGGUGUCACAAGCCCCCACCUGGACCAGGAGAUCCAAGGUGACCAUGGAAUUGCCUAAGCCACCUCUUAGUCCCUUCUUCCUGCUCAUCUUUGCAGCCUUGGAUGUGUUGGCCACAGCCUUCUGAAAGUCCCCUUCCUGGGACCCUGGACCUGGGCCCCCUCCCUCCUGACCCCUCUGUCUUUGGCUCCUCUCCCUGGGCAGCCCCCUCCACUUCCACAGUGUUCACUAUCGCCUCCACAAAUUUACUUUUUUAUUCCUGACUGCAGUCCCGAGAGCCAGCUCUGAGAUUCCACCUGCUGGCCAGCCCUGCCACUGGCUGGGACAUUAAACUUGCCUGUUACAAAACUGACCUUCUCUGCUGUCCAUCCCUCUCCCUACACAUGUGGCUGUCAGUACUGGCAUCUGUUGACCUGCCUCUCCCAGGAGUCUAGAUUCCUUUCCGUUCCUGGUUUAAAUAUAGUGGAGUGAUUGGGAGUGCAAGGCCUCAAGCUGGAGAACCUGGGUUCAACUCUUGGCUCUGAGUGACCUUGGGCAAUUUACUUGUAUCUCUCUGGGUCUCAGUUCCCUAGCUGUAAGGUGGAAAUAAUAGAACCGACUCCAUGGCUUGAGACUGAUGGAGAGAAUGUACAUAAGCACUGAUGUAAAGCCUGGCCCAUCAGAGGCCUCAAAACCUUUGGUCAUUGUUGUUAGAAAAGCUUGCAACUUUCCUAAUUGGAACUCGUGUCCUGUUUAUUUCCCCCUCCAAUCCGUCCUGCAUCCAGUGCACAGACUGGUCUCUCUUCCUUAUGGAGGAACUUUCAUUGGCUCCCUUUUGCUCAUCAAGCUGGCAUUCACUUUGUGCAAUUUAGCCUUGUCCACCACAGCUCUUUGUGCUCUGAUUUGCUCCUGGCUGUGUGUAUGUAAUGUGUGUGCGCGCGGGCGCGCGCGCGCACGCACGCACGCACACACACACACACACACACACACACACACACACGCUGUCAAGGUGUAUUUAGGAAGAGGCUCUGGGUUCAGUGACCACUUGGCCAAGGCUGAAGGACCUCCUUAGGCUUUGCCGCUGAGGAAACGAAGGGGCUGUCCAGGCCAGGCCUCCUGUUUGUCUGGAGGGGAAAGAAAACACCCUGUCCAAACAGGCAUCCUGGGAGGUGGCUGCUUGAUGGCUGCGCUGACAGAUGUCAGGAUUCUAAGGUAGGGUCACCCCUGUUGGAGGACCAGUCAGAAAGGCUUCUGACCGCCCCUGUGGGCUGCUGGGAUCACCAUCCCCCAUCCUGUGCUCCCCCUCCUCCCAGGGUUCAUUCAAGCCCUACCUACUAUGGGCAGCAUCCCUGUGCCUGACACUGAGUUAAGAGGCUGACUGGUGAUUUCCUGACGGUCAAACUCAGAGGCAGGAGGGAUGUCAGCGCCCCCUUGCCUUCUAUAGGGGGAAAGGCGGGUAUACAGAACGUUCACCCCUCCCUCUCCUGAAGGUGGGGGGCAGCCAUAGUCCACCUGCAGUGUGGAGAGGGGUUCCACCUGCUUAGUCUCAAUGCUUUUGGUAAACCGGAGCGUUCUAAUGAGACCCUCCCUCUACAAACGCUCCUCUUCCAUCCUCCCCCACUUCUUUCUCCCAGAUGUGACAGCCUCAACUCCUGGAUACUCCCUUCACAGCGCGGCCAGCAGCUCUGCGGCUUGGGUGGUUUCCAGCCGAGUCUGGAGACAGCCCAAGUCUGUAGCACCUCCUCCCUUUGGGCCCAGCCCGAGGGAGGGAAAGGGGCGUGUGUUCCUUUAAGGGGCUGGCCCGGCGGGAGCGCGGGGAUUUGUCCGCUGCCGCUUCCUUUCUGGCCAUUCGAGAUCCCCAAAUCCGCCUGCUUCCUCGGACCCUGUCAGCCCGCAGCCUGGAGCGCUCGAGACGUCGAGGAGCCGCCUGGGGACGGCAGGCGAAGAUCACUUUGUGGCAGAAAUGCCUGCAUUUGCUCAUCCUGGGGAAGCUGUUUCUCACUGGGGAGCAUCUGUACUAGAUGAAGUGCUGGAAAGAGGCUGGAAACAUUGCAGGUGGAGGCAGGGGAGCCCCUCUGCUCCAGGAGGCUCUGGGUGCCCAGGGACAGGGCGGACCCUGGGACAUCCAGCCUCUCCAACCUCAUUCCACUUUUCUCUGCAUUCUAAACAUGGAAACCCAAGGAAGGGAAAGGAAACUAACUCCUACGAGGACCUGCUCUGUGCCAGGCACUGGACUAUGUGCUUUAUACACGUCACUUUCCCUAGUUUGAUAUUGUGGUUCCAGGCUUUGGAGCUGGAGUGCGUUCACAUCCUGGCUUUGCUGCUUCCUAGCUGGAUGACCUUGGACAGAUUAUUUAAUACUCUUUCUGUGCCUUGAUUUUCCCAUCUGUAAAAUGGGGAUACCAAUGGGUCCCACCUCUAGAGGUUGUGGUGAGAAUUGAGUGAGAUAGUAAGUUCUCAUUAAAGUCAGCUGUUAAUAUUUUUAUGCUGAUCAUAGCAACCCUGUGGAGUUAUUUCUUAGGCCAAGUGUGGCUAAGCUACGUUCAUGAAGAGACUCAAAUGUGGUGGCUUAAAUACAAUAGGACUUUGUUUUUCUCUCAUGACACAGUGUAGGUGGGGGAGGUCCAGGGCUGGUGGGGUGGCUCUGUCAUUAAGCCUGUGGUUUCUAUCUCUGAGUCUAAGGUGGCUACUCUGGCUGCCAACAGGUUGGGGGAAAGAAAGGUAUCCCAGAUUGUUUUCGGUGUAAGACCUGCAUGUGGCAUGUAUUAUUUUGGCUCACUUCCAUUGGCCAGCACUGAGUCACAUGGCCUCUCCUAGCUGCAAGGGAGGCUGGAAAUACAGCCUUCAGCUGACUGGUCACACACUUAUGUAGAACGCUCUCACUAUGGGAGAAAAGUAGAACGUAUUAGUGAAAAAUAUACCAUGGUGAGUUUUAUGAUCUCCAUUUCACAAAUGAGGAAUCCUGCCUAGAAUGACACAGCUAUUAAGUAGUGGAGAUGGGACUUGAACACAGAGCUUCCUGCUCCAAACUUCUUUUUUUUUUUUUUCACAUUUCCAAAUUCUUUUUUUGUUUUUUUUAUUAACUGCACAGCAUACAUCUAACAGAAAAAUGCAUUAUCAGGGGUCCAAACUUCUGUAUUAGGUUGUUUGUGCUUAGGCUGCCCAGAUCCAAGUCACCAAGAGGCUUUGUGGGUGUCACCUGGGGAUUCCUCUUGGACAAGAAGCAAGGCUCACGGUGUCCUCCUGUUGUGCAAGGCACAGAGGGCAAGUCUGAGCCUUGGGCUCUCUGCAAAGAGGCCUAAGGGAACAGUGGAUUCUAUCCCUCAACUUCCUUCACAUCCAUUCCUUCCUCUCCAGCAAGAGCUCCUAACUGUUCUGGAAACAAGAAUGUUUCCUCCACAAUCCCACCACCCUUUCAGGCCAAUGCAUUUCUUUUCUUUUUCCUCCCUCCCUUCCUCUCCCUUUCUUUCCUUUUGCUGCUCCCUCCCCUUCUGGUUCCUGUUCACAGGCAUUCUUAGGGCCACACACUUACAAUCGUAGCAGAGUGGCAAGUCUAUGUUCUGCCUUGUCUAUUCUAAAUGAUACCCUAAGCACUUUCCACGUUGCUGCAUGAUAAUCAUAGUCAUACUUCCAAAUGCCUGCUGUCAACUCUGGUCUUGCCGCCCUACUUUCCACUCAGCCCCCGGAGGGAUGUUUCUAAGAUGUAGCUCUGAUCCUGUGGCUCCCCUGCUUAAAGCCAUUACUGGCACCCUAGAGCUCUGGGGACAAAGGACAGGCUGCUGAGUCUGACACACACGGGCAUCUAGACUCUGGUCCUGCCGACCCCUCUCCCCUCCUUUCCCCUAUAUCAGCCAGGGCCUUGGCAGGAAGCAGAAUUCACCCUAGAUGUUUCCAGUAAAGAGAUUCUAAUGAUGUGAUGACAUUUAGAGGGGAGAGUAAAGGCAACAAACUAGGGAGUUGGGGUGCAGAGACAAACAAUGGCAGUCGGUGCCCCCCUGGCCUCUAGGGGAAAGGGGAGGAAAGAGUGUUACAGAGCCAUGAGAGCGGUGCUGGGGAGAGGAGCCACCCGGUGGAAUUGUGAUCCUGACGGGACACGGGUACUGCAGAGACACAACCUCUCUCCCCUCCUGCCCAUCUCCUGUGUGUGCCUCCUGUUGGCUGAAUCUAGCUGGAAGCCAGAGGGCCUGGGGGACUGGGAGGAGUGAUCAGUGCACGGCAGAAAAGAGCAAAGAUGGACCAGGGAGUGAGGGUGGGGCACAAAUGGACAAAUGGCAGCACACCCCAGCCCUCCACGUGCUCUCUGGCCUCUGAACCUUUGCACUUGCUGCGCCCCCUCCUGGGCAAACCCUGCUGUCCUUUUCCACCUGGCUACCUCCUGUGUCUUCGGUCUAGUUUUCUGUACCUUAUCUUUGUACUCACCACACGAUAUCUCCUGCCUAUGACUCUGCCCCUUCCCUGGACUGAGCUCCUCCAAGGUGUGACCUGGCCUUUUAAUCGUUGAGAGUACUCAGUAAAUGGCAAUGAACAGGGCAGGGAUGGGGGAAGGUGAGUGAGGCACUAGCUUCAUGUGCAAAUUUAAGGGAGGGGAGUGUGUGUGCAAAAAAACUCAAUAAUCAAGACAUAAUAUUUUGGGACUUCCCUGGUGGUGCAGUGGUUAAGAAUCCGCCUGCCAAUGCAGGGGACACGAGUUCGAGCCCUGGUCUGGGAAGAUCCCAUGUGCCACGGAGCAACUCAGUCCGUGCGCCACAACUACUGAGCCUGCCCUCUACAGCCCACGAGUCACAACUACUGAAGCCCGUGCUCCUAGAGCCUGUGCUCCUCAACAAGAGAAGCCACCGCAAUGAGAAGCCUGCACAUUGCAACGAAGAGUAGCCCCCGCUCGCUGCAACUACAGAAAGCCUGUGCGCAGCAACAAAGGCCCAAUGCAGCCAAAAAUAAAAUAAAAUUUAAAAAGAUAUAAUAUUUUGAUGCAAUACAAAAAAAUAGAGUCAACAAACUACAGCCCAUGGGCCAGCUGCCUAUUUUAUUUGCAUGUCCACUGAACCUGGAAUAGCCCCACAGAAGUAUUCUAGCAUGGUAUUAAAUUUUUUUUUUUUUACCUUGACCCAGGAUAAGAAAUAAUUUAACACUGUGACCCCCCCCUACCUCAUCCCCACGGAUGUUUCUGGACUGAAACAAAAGCUCUGCAGUGCAGGACUCAUCUUCACUAACCGUGAAUGCAACCUGAUGUUUUCUAGUCUAGUCUAGUCUCUUGGAUGUCAUUAAAAAAUGCCGCUCACAACUUUUCCAAUUCAAUCCCGGUGUUUGAAAAAUAGUGAUACUGUCAUGUCGUCCUGCUUAAUUUUCUCCAUGGUCUUUUUGCUGCCUCCUAACUCCUGUUUAGGACUUGUUGGCUUGCUUGUUGCCCAUCUUGCCUGCAGGGUGCAGUUCCCUGAGAGCAGGGACCUUGUCUAGCUCAUCACCACUGUCUCCUUGGCCUCGAGAAGGGUGCCUGGCACACAGAGGAUGCUCUACAAUUUCCUGUCGAUCGAGAGAAUGAGUGGGUGCUGGAACCCAGGGGUCCCCGGCCCCUGCCUCAGGGCUUCUCUCACUGGCUUGUUUUUCUCCUCUUCCCAGUCUGCCCCAGCGCCAGCCUUCCCCGGGACGCCUGGGCGCUGCCACGUGCACGGCGCCAUGGGCCUGCCGCUCCUCGUCCUGCUGCUUCCGCUGCGCUGCGUCUCGGGCCUGCCCUUCUACAACGGCUUCUAUUACUCCAACAGUCCCAACGGCUGGAGCCCGGGCCAGGGCCACGGCGAAGGCAUCUUCAAUGGAGUGAAGCUGGUGGUAGAGACGCCUGAGGAGAUCCUGUUCUCCUACCGUGGGGCCAACGUGACCCUGCCCUGCCGCUACCACUAUGAGCCGGCCCUGGUCUCUCCUCGGCCCGUACGCAUCAAAUGGUGGAAACUGUCGGAGAAUGGGGCCCCGGAGCAGGACGUGCUGGUGGCUAUUGGGCUGAGGCACCGCGCCUUUGGAGACUACCGAGGCCGGGUGCAUCUGUGGCAGGAGAGGGAGCGUGAAGUGUCACUGGAGAUCCGGGACCUGAGGCUGGAGGACUAUGGGCGCUACCGCUGCGAGGUCAUUGAUGGGCUGGAGGAUGAAAGUGGCCUGGUGGAGCUGGAGCUGCGGGGUGUGGUCUUCCCUUACCAGCACCCCCAAGGGCGCUACCAGUUCAACUUCCACGAGGCCCAGUGGGCCUGCGAGGAACAGGAUGCGGUGGUGGCCUCCUUUGAGCAGCUGUUCCGGGCCUGGGAGGAAGGCCUGGACUGGUGCAACGCAGGCUGGCUGCAGGACGCCUCUGUGCAGUACCCCAUCACGCAGGCCCGACACCCCUGCGGUGGCCUGGGCCUGGCACCUGGCGUGCGCAGCUACGGCCCACGCCACCGCCGCCUGCACCGCUAUGAUGUGUUCUGCUUUGCUGCUGCCCUCAGGGGGCAGGUGUACUACCUGGAGCACCCUGAGAAGCUGACACUGGCAGAGGCAAAGGAGGCCUGCCAGGAAGACGGUGCCCAGAUCGCCAAGGUGGGCCAGCUCUUUGCCGCCUGGAAGUUCCACGGCCUGGACCGUUGCGAUGCUGGUUGGCUGGCAGAUGGCAGUGCCCGCUACCCUGUGGCUCACCCACGUCGCAACUGUGGGUCCCUGGAGCCUGGGGUCCGAAGCUUCGGUUUCCCAGACCCACAUAGCCGCAAGUAUGGCGUCUAUUGCUACCGGCCCCGCUAGCGCCUGGGCUCCAGCUCUGUACUCACGCCUACCCCAUCCCCUCACGGGCUGUAUUUAUUGAGUAGUUCAUUUUCCCUUGCAGGUUGGGGCAAUUUUCAUUUUGUUUUUAUACUUUUCAACUUAAAAAAUUUUUUAAAUACUAUUUUUUUGGUAAAUCCCACAGAUCCCAGAUCUUCCCUUUACUCAGGUAGACACCCCAAGGCUCUCCCCCUCCACGAGUUCUCCUGCCCCUCUCCUCCAGGACAUUUGAGGUUCAUGGGCUCAUGAGGGCUCUCUGCCAUUGCUGAGUCCAGCCCCUUUCCCUGCCCCUGGGAGGCUGGCACCCAGAGCUGGCAGUGGCAUGAGAUGCCAGGGCGUGGUGGCUGCAAUCCUCCCUCCACCUCAGCCUGAGGGAGGAGAGGGCAUCCAGGGCGGCUCUGGAGCUGGGCUUCGGGCCUUGCAGCCUCCUGCCCUCUCGUACUUCUUUGGCAAGCAGCUGGCCCACAUCAGCAUGGCAGAGGAGCUAGGGCUGGAAGUGGGUCCCUGGGCUUCUGUGUGACAUCCCAGGGAAGAGAGAGACUUUCCUCCCCAUUUUUUCCUUUCUUAGUUCCAAAGAGUCCAUAUUUUGUUCUCAUUUUUCCCUAUUUGGGGAGCAGCCCUCAGGUGUGUCUACUUUUUUUGUACAAUAAGUGGUGCUGUGACCCCUUCCUCCACCCCGA